GCUCUCAGCACGCCCAGCUGGGACCCUCCUGAAGCCUCCUCCAGGGACUCCUCUGCCUGCCCCUCCUCCUCCUGAGCAGCUCCAUGAGGCCCCUGUGGCUCUGCUGGGCACUCUGGGUGCUCCCCCUGGCUGGCCCCGGGGCAGCCCUGACCGAGGAGCAGAUCCUGGGCAGCCUGCUACAGCAGCUGCACCUCAGUGAGGUGCCCAUCCUGGACAAGGCUGACAUGGACAAAAUGGUGACUCCUGCCCAUGUGAGGGCCCAGUACGUGGCCCUGCUGCAGCGUAGCCACGGGGCUCACUCCCGAGGGAAGAGGUUCAGCCAGCGCUUCCGAGAGGUGGCCGGCAGGUUCCUGGUAUCAGAAGCCUCCACAUACCUGCUGGUGUUUGGCAUGGAGCAGCGGCUGCCGCCCCACAGCGAGCUGGUGCAGGCCGUUCUGCGCCUGUUCCAGGAGCCUGUGCCCAAGGCCGUGCUGCGCAAGCAGGAGCGUCUGUCCCCGCACAGCGCCAGGGCCCGGGUCACCGUGGAGUGGCUGCAUGUGCGUGCUGAUGGCUCCAACCGCACCUCCCUCAUCGACUCCAGGCUGGUGUCCCUCCACGACAGCGGCUGGAAGACCUUCGACGUGACCGAGGCUGUGAACUUCUGGCAGCAGCUGAGCAGGCCCCAGCAGCCCCUGCUGCUGCAGGUGUCUGUGCAGAGGGAGCACCUGGGCCCACUGGCCUCCAGCGCCCAUAAGCUGGUCCGCUUCGCCUCCCAGAGGCCAUGGGGCACAGGGCCUGCCGAGCCCCAGCUGGAGCUGCACACCCUGGACCUCAGGGACUACGGAGCCCAGGGCAAUUGUGACACUGAGGUGCCCGUGAUGGAGGGCACCCGCUGCUGCCGCCAGGAGAUGUACAUUGACCUGCAGGGGAUGAAGUGGGCUGAGAACUGGGUCCUGGAACCCCCGGGCUUCCUGGCCUAUGAGUGUGUGGGCACCUGCCAGCAGCCCCCGGAACCCCAGACCUUCAGGUGGCCAUUUUUGGGCCCGCGGCAGUGCAUCGCCUCAGAGACCACCUCGCUGCCCAUGAUUGUUAGCAUCAAAGAGGGGGGUCAAGCCAGGCCCCAGGUGGUCAGCCUGCCCAACAUGAGGGUGCAGAAAUGCAGCUGUGCCUGGGAUGGGGCGCUGGUGCCAAGGAAGCUGGAACCAUAGGUGUGGGGUGUGGCCACCGUGCCUGUGACUGGACAUGUACAGGUCUUAAAGUAGGUCUUAACUUUCUGCUUAGCAAGUUACCUUUUGUCCCAAUUGUGUGCUCCUGUUUGUCCUUUCCUGAGCAUUUUUCCAUAUCUUGUCUUCCAUCCCAUUACCCUCCCUAAGCACUUACAAGAGCAAUCCAAUCUGGACUGCAGAGCUCCAACAGGGAAAUCCAGUCUGCUUUUUAGAGGUCAAGCAUGAACAGAUUGUCAGCUGGGAGUUUCUCUUCCCUGACAAAUUCCCAGCUGAGUACCAAACAAUACAACCCUGUCAUGGGAACUGAUUUAUUCUAGUGCAUGUUAAAUUAAAGCCAACAAUCCCUUUGUUUUUUUACUAGGUAGGAAGGUCUAAAAUAGAAAGCCACCCCCAAACUACAAACUAACAAAUUAAAACAAAAAACAAACAGAAAGUAAAGAAGCCUCAACCUCACCUCUCCUUGGCUCCCUGGACCAAGCUUUGUGCACAAUCAGGUUAUUUUGGCCACUGUUUUAGAGAACCUAUCACUAGAACACACACACACACUUUUCUUUUUCAUUUAGCAAAAAAAAAAAAAAGAAUUAAUGUAGAUAAUCUGCUGAAAUAAAA